GCAAAAGGAAGUUGUGUUCGCUGCUGCCAGAAGUCCGCCCCGGACAGAAGCGCGCGCUCCCACCGAGGGCAGGACCCCCGUUUCUGACGUGCUGGGCAGGAAGGAGACUUUCAGCCAGUUCCGCUCCCGCUCACGGCCUGAGCUGCCAACCAGGCCCGGAAAGAGCGCAGCCAGCAGGGAGCCAGGUGCAGAGCCCUCCCCGGGCACCUGGACAUCAGAAAGCCGCUGGCUAGCCCCCACGGAGCUCAGCUUUGAGGAUGGAGUCGGGAGAGAGGCCUUCAACAGCCCCAGCCCCUCGUGCGGCCCUGGAGGAGCCCAGCGUUGGGCCUGACUCUUCUUCCCCAGAGCUGCCAAGGGCAGAUCCAGGGAAGUUCCAGGCGCUGCCCCUUGGGCCCGGAGGCCCCUGCAAGGACCCUGACCCCGGGAGCCCUGGCAGCCCGACUGCAGGGGACGGCCCCCCAGAUGCAGGCCCCGCGGGGGAGCCCAGCGGUGUUGCUAAGAUCCCGAACCGCGACAGUGGGAUCGACAGUCCAUCCUGCAGCGUGGCUGGCGAGCACUUUCCCUGUGAGGAGGGUGGCGAGGCCAGCCCAGUCCCCACAGUCCCGGGGCUACACCCGCAAGUGGCCCCAGAAGGCAGGGCCCUGCGGGAGGAGGCCGACAGCGACGACGCGGGCGAAGGUAGCGGUGAGGAGCCAGACCCCAAGAACAGCCCCCCGAGGGCCCGUGUGGACACGGCCAAGCGCUCCGAGCCCCAGAAGCUGCUCCACAUCGCCCAGGAGCUCCUGCACACGGAGGAGACCUACGUGAGGCGGCUGCACCUGCUGGAUCAGGUUUUCUGCACUCAGCUGGUGGAAGCAGGCAUCCCCCCGGAAGUCACCACAGGCAUCUUCUCCAACAUCUCCUCCAUCUAUCGCUUCCAUGGGCAGUUCCUCCUGCCGGAGCUGCAGACACGGAUCACGGAGGAGUGGCCAGCGUCAUCUCGGCCCGUUGUUCCUAAAAUCUGCUCAUCUAAUGGCCGAACAGGGGUUUCGUGGAUGCUCUUUGAUGAGUGCCUGCCAUUUGAGUGGUCACGUCACCGCUGGCACCCCUGGUCUGGAGCAGCGGUCCUGGGCCCGCGCUGUCGAAGGGACACGACCCCCCGGCUUGGAGACAUCCUGCAGAAGCUGGCCCCGUUCCUCAAGAUGUACGGCGAGUAUGUCAAAAACUUUGACCGCGCUGUGGAGCUCGUGAGCACCUGGACCCAGCGCUCGCCGCUCUUCAAAGAGGUCGUCCAGGGCAUCCAGAAGCAAGAGGUGUGCGGGAACCUGACGCUGCAGCACCACAUGCUGGAGCCCGUGCAGAGGGUCCCUCGCUACGAGCUGCUGCUCAAGGACUAUCUGAAGAGGCUCCCAGGAGACGCCCCUGACCGGAAGGAUGCAGAAAGGUCCCUGGAGCUCAUCUCCACCGCUGCCAACCAUUCCAAUGCCGCGAUCCGGAAAAUGGAGAAGAUGCACAAGCUCUUGGAGGUGUAUGAGCGACUCGGUGGCGAGGAGGACAUCGUCAACCCCGCCAACGAGCUCAUCAAGGAGGGCCACAUCCUGAAGCUGUCAGCCAAGAACGGCACUGCCCAGGACCGCCAGCUCUUCCUGUUCAACAGCAUGAUCCUUUACUGUGUGCCCAAGCUGCGGCUCAUGGGCCAGAAGUUCAGUGUCCGGGAGAAGAUGGACAUUUCGGACCUCCAGGUGCAAGAUACCAUCAAGCCAAACGCACCCCACACAUUCGUCAUAACGGGAAGGAAGCGGUCCCUGGAGCUGCAGACUCGGACGGAAGAAGAGAAAAAAGAAUGGAUUCAGGUCAUUGAGGCCACCAUCGAGAGGCACAGGCAGAACAGCCAGACCUUCAAGGCCUUCGGGGGCUCCUUCGGCCAGGAUGAGGACCCCUCUCCCGCUCCAGAGUCCCCUGUGGUGAGUGCCAGUGCUGAGGAGCCUGCAGUGGCAGCCAGUGGUGGAGGGGCUACCACAGAGCCCGAGCCCAGGAGGGGGUCCGCGAAGACCAGGCGUGACAAGGACAAGCAGGGCUGCAGGAGCUGCGGCGAGACCUUCAACUCCAUCACCAAGAGGAAGCACCGCUGCAAGCUGUGCGGGGCGGUCAUCUGUGGGAAGUGCUCCGAGUUCAAGGCUGAGAAUGGCAGGCAGAGCCGUGUCUGCCGAGAGUGUUUCCUGACCCAGCAGGGAGCACCUGAGACUCCCAGCCCCGAGGUAGUGCCUGAGGACCCCAAGCACAACACAGAGAAGCCGUUGGCUGUGGACGCCCGGCCCAGCCUGCUCUGUGGUCACCUGCGGGUGUCGGACAGCGGUGCUGCCUGGAGUGAGGUGUGGGCCACCAUCCCCGCGUCGGAGCCCCUGGAGCUGGUGCUGUACCUGCAGGGAGGCAGCCAGGCCAGCCGGCUGCCACGCUCCAUCCCCCUCUCUGGCUGCAAGGUGAGCGUGCCAGACCCCACGGAGAGGCCGGACACCGGACACGUGUGGCGGCUACACCAGGCCCAGCAGACCCUGUACCUGAGCGCCCCGUCGGCGGAGCUGCAGCAGCGGUGGCUGGAGGCCCUGAGUGCCGCUGCCCAUGGGGACCCGGCUCUGGCCUUCCCAGGGGCCCCGUGAACUGAGCCUCGGCCAGACGUCCCUGCUCACAGCCACCACAGCGGGGCCCAGCCCGUGCUUACCUGGGAGGUGGCGUCAGAGGCUGCGUGCAGGCGCAAAGGGCUCCCAGACUGCUGGGGGAGGAUGGGCCACAGGGCGCUCAACCCGGAGGGACCUCUGGGAAGCGGAGGAAACAGGCCCAGAGGGGCAGCCACCCACCCAGCACGUCUCCCCAAAGAGGGCACAGUUCUGCCCUCAGCGCCAGCUGUGUGGCCUGGAGCGGGGUGCUGGCGGACCGUCUAGUGUGGGGCCCCAGCUCCAGAAGGCAGAAGGAGCGCCCUGGGGGGGGGGCGGGCCGGCGGGGGGUCUGCAGUCUUGCCUUCCCUCCCUGCUGCCCCACCCCCACCCUGUCCACACCGUCUGUACCCAUGAGCUGAAACGUGACUGCUGGCGGACUCCAUGCCCUCCUCCGCCCUCUCCGGGCCCCUCGGCCCACCUCCCCAGUCGGACAGGUGGGUGGUCGGCCUGGGCCGUCCCUGCGGGGCCUCCAUGAGAAAGUCCGCAGAGGCCAGCAGAGGCCUGACUUGUGUGCCCGCCCCGUGGCUGGUGGCAGGCCCUGCUUGUCUGCAGAAAUAAAUGCUGGCAGCCAGCAGGUGGGCACAGCCUCAGGGCAGGGGUGCCAGGUAGGGAGUGAGGGCGACGGCACAGCCGGGCCUGGGGGUGUGGGGCCCAUCCCUGUGGUGCAGUGAAGGGCCUGGGGCCCAGCCGGCCCCUCCCCCGGUCCCGCCCUUCCCCCCCAGCCCCAGGGUCUCCGCUCUGUGUGGUGACUGAGCACCUACUGUGUCCGCAGGGCCUACUGGGCCCUUCUCUCCAAGCUGUGCCCACUUGACAGCUAAGGACACUGAGUCCUAUCCAGACCCAGGGGGUGGCCGGAAGUGACCCACUGGGAACGGCAGCACUUGGCGGGGUGGGGAGGAAACUAGCCCCCCCCACAGCAGGUGCCCACGUGGGGUCCUUACAGCUGCCCCUGUGAGUUCUCUGCUCCAGGGCAGACCCAGGCUCUCUCCUCCUGCCUACCAGCCUGGGGUCCCCACACGUUUCCACAGUGGAAAUCACAGGUUCCCAUAGCGAUUCCAGUGGGGGGCCCUUUCGUCACUGGGGGGACCUUGGGGGUCCGCUGGGAGUUACAUUCCACGGCAGUCCAUCAGAGAGCCCCAGGGCCCACUGAUUUUAGACCAGGCACUGGAAAUGGCUCGAACAGCCCAGGAGACGGUGCCCUGAGCGUGAGAGGAACAGAAUCUGAGGAGGGGAGGACACCCCAAGGGGGGGUUGUUGCAGGAAGAGCAUCCAGGCCUAGGGCAGGGUCACGAGGGGCCAGCAGGGCACAGGUGGGGAGCUGAGCGGUCUGGGGGGUGCAGGGCCUGGGUCUCCCCAAGGUCUCCUUUGCUGUUGCUGAGGGGUGGGGGCCGCGGGGCGGGCCUGGGAGUGUGGCCAUAUCUGUCUGGCUGCAGCAGGGUUGGUGGGGGCGUAGAUGGAGACAGGGCCCCGGGGACCCCGCGGAGCUCCAGGAAAACCCCUGUGAUGGCCCAAGUCGGAGGCUGCAGCUUCCGGCUUCUCGAGAGACGAAAUGCCAGUGUUCUUGUGAAAUAUCCUGAUAAAAGUUAGCAACUAC